UGCCAAAAGUACUUUUCUAUCCCGAAAAAAUAUUAAAACGUAAAACACUUAGAUGCGCCACAUGAAAUAUGUGAAGAAAAACUGAGAAGAAAAAGAGACCACAAAAAUAACAAUUAUUCCAUUCAAAUAUGAAAUUCUUUGGGUAAAAUUAACCUAUGUGCGCAAAAAAGAAACUCACGAGCAUUUUUUUGGAAGGGGAGGAAGGAAAAUGAGACUAACAACGACAUUCAACAACACGACAAUAAUUUCAAGAUAAAAGACCAUGGUCGAGUUUUGUACGAAUUGCAUGCUUAUGCCCCCCAAUGUCUCAGCGCCCUUUGCUUAAACUUGGUGGAUUAAGAUGAAGAAGAAACGCGGCAGCCGUCUGUUAAGGAUAAAUGGUCCAUGGCGAGAUUGGAGCAGUUGGCUGUUUUAUUGUUGGCUGUUGUGUUAUCUAAUAGCAAGUGUAAGGGCCGAAGGUUGCCCGCCAUCAGAAGCCAUAUUGCCAUGUCGAUGUUCGCUGAGAGGCAAAGAAAUACAAAUAUGGUGCUCUCACAGCAAUUUACCCCAAAUCAUAGAUGGCCUUAAGGCUGUAGAACGUAACGUCAAGGGACCAAUUGAUGAGCUAGUGCUGGAAAAUAAUCAAUUACCUGCCUUGCCAGGCCGUUUCUUUGGCUCUUUACAAAUUGUCCGCCUUAUGUUGAGGUACAACAUCAUCGAGAGGGUUUCGAAUGGUUGGCUAAAUGAGCUGGAAAAUAGCUUGGUGGAAAUUUAUAUAGUGGAGCCUCAGCUGCGCAGCAUACCAGUGGAGAGUUUAAAUGGCAUGAUUAAUAUGGUGGCUAUUACCAUACAAAGUGAUGAAUUGAAACAUCUACCCGACUUUUCGGGCUUAUUAAGUCUCACCUAUUUGAGCGUACAAAGUAGAUCCUUGACUGAGCUACAGCCUCAGUGGUUUAGACAUUUGCCCAAGUUACAAAAUAUCCACAUAACAGGUGGAGAAAACCUUAACCGUUUAGAAUCGGGUCUAUUCGAUGGCAUGAUAUCUUUGAAAAAUAUUGACUUGAGUCGCAAUGGCAUCAAUUGGAUACACCUGAGGGCCUUGGCCCGUUUGCCCAACUUGGUUAGUUUGAAAUUGUCCUAUAACCAGAUAAGCGAUGUGGGCAUGGUGGGACGAGUUGUAAAGGACUUGGAAAAUUUGAAAAAACUACGUUUAGAUCAUAAUAUUAUUAACAUCAUAGAAGAUGGCUCGUUUGUGGAUUUACCACAUCUCAGCGAGUUACAUUUGAAUGAUAAUCGCAUUACAGAAAUAGAAUAUGGAGCCUUUCUAAGGACUCCCAUGUUGAAGACCAUUUAUUUGCAUAAUAAUCACAUCAAACGCAUUCAUCCUGAGUCAUUUAUGCAGGCUUCUGGCUCCGGGGUGGAGACAAUGUACAUCUACAACAACGAAAUCGAUGAUACCUCUGAGUUAAGGUCUUUGCUAGAGGCUUUACCGGCGCUCAAGUUUUUGGACAUUAGUAAUAAUUUUCUGAGAGACAUACAUUAUGGAGCUCUACGAGGUCAUGGUACCUUGGAGCAAUUGCAUAUUAAUAAUAACCAACUGAGGAAUAUCGAGCGGGAUGCGUUGAUGGCCAUGCCUGCUUUAAGGGAGUUGCGCAUGCGAAACAACAGCUUGUCGCAUGAUUUACCCAUGCCUUUUUGGAAUUUGCCCGGGCUGAAAGGGCUUGAUUUGUCUUUGAAUAACUUCAGAUGGGUAGAUUCCUUUCUGUUGGCUGGUUUGCCUUCCUUGCGUCGACUGGAUUUAAGUGAAAACGACCUAAGCAAGCUGGAUCCCACAACUUACAUACACAAUCCUAUGUUGGAAACUUUGAAUAUCUCCCUUAAUGAAUUGGAGGUGGUACAUCCUGCUACGUUUCGUAAUUUGGACCGUUUGUUUGAGGUUGAUGCUAGCUUUAACCAGAUGUUGGAAAUGAUACCGGGGUUGCCAAAAAUUGUGGAGCGCAUAUCGGUAAGAGGAAACCUUAUUGCCCACCUGCCGGCCAGUAAGUCUUUGAAUUUGCCAAAUUUACGUAUGCUGGAUAUUAGUUUAAAUCGACUGGAACAUCUUCCGAAAUAUGCAUUUCAAGGUUUACCGCAGCUUCGAGUGCUGAGUUUGGCUAACAAUCGCCUACGAUCUCUGGAUGAUACAGUUUUCAUAGGCUCCAAUCGUUUGGAGCUGUUGCAUUUGCAAGAAAAUCAUCUAAUGAUUAUAGAUGAGCGAGCUCUACUGCCCCUCUCUGAGCUAAGGAAUCUUAAUAUGAAUGCCAAUAAAUUGUCUUCCAUAACCGAUAAUUUGUUUUCCAACAACUCUAAAUUGGAGCAAUUAGAUUUAUCGCGCAACAGCAUAAGAACGAUAUCGCCUUUGGCCUUUGAGUCUCAAAAAUCAUUGGAAUAUUUAGAUUUAUCAGCCAAUGCCCUGUCCGACAUGUCCAUUAGUUUGGCCAAUUUGAUGAGUUUGAAAGACAUCGAUCUGAGCUACAAUCAAAUAACGCAUAUACAUUCAGAGGUGGUGGCCGCUUGGCGCCAGGUGGUGGAAAUACGCCUAUCCAAUAAUCUUAUAACUGAGCUGAACCGAGGAACCUUCCGCAAUCUGAUCAAAUUGCAGUACUUGGAUUUGUCCAGCAAUGAGAUCCAACAUGUGGAGCAGGGGGCCCUGAAAAACUUACCAGAACUGCAGGAAUUUGUUUUGGCGGAUAAUAAAUUGUCGGAGCUAAAGGAGCAUGCCUUUGAGGAUUUGCCCAAUCUCUUGGCCUCACAUUUCCAAUAUAACAAUUUGAGAUUUAUCUCCUCGGAAAGUUUCUUCAAUUCUCCCUCCAUGGUGUUUCUCAAUUUAUCCAAUAAUCAUUUUCGCAAUAUGGAAAAUAUUGGGCUACGCAGCAUGCGUAAUUUGGAGGUAUUGGACUUGUCCACAAAUGCGGUGAGAACGGUGCACACGAUGCCUUUGAAGUUGCUGAAUUGGUUGGUGGAAUUGAAAAUGGACAACAAUGAAAUUUGCCGUAUACAGGGUUCACCUUUUGAGACCAUGCCUCGCCUAAGGGUGCUAUCGAUGCGUAAUAAUCGUUUACGUUCAGUUAAGGAACGCACCUUCCGAAAUCUGAGAGGGAACAUUGCCAUUAUAGACAUGGACGGCAACCCCAUUGAUUGCUCCUGCGAAAUGCAAUGGCUUUCGGUUUGGCUGCAAGAGACCAAUUUCCCUUAUCCGGGACCCAAAUGCCAGGAUGGGCGCCUCUUGCGCUCUUCACGCAUAGAUAAAAACCUUUGUAAUAAUUUGGCCGACAACCAACAGCGAAACGGUGCCGUAGCCUAUGGCGAAUCUGAUGGAAGCGUGGGUCUUAACAACUUGCCUUUGCUAAAUGAGCAUGGCGACAUCUUCCAAAGAGAAUUGCAAAAUUACAAUGAUGAAUGUGAAGCCUAUGAAUUGCCUCCGGCUGAGCGACCCUUGGCUGGUGAAAGCGAAUAUUUUUAUGAUCAAUAUGUAGACUAUCCACCGGGUGCAAAUGAAACUUUCAGCCCCCAAUCGCACCACUCUAAUGCUCACGAUAAUCCCGCUUUGAGCUCCCAUAUUUCUACAAGCAAUACCGUGCUGCAUGCCCACAAGAAACCUUCGAUUCCUAAUUCAACAUCGGUCAGCCCAAAUGUGGAUCUGAACAACACCAUACUCAAUACGAAUCAUUUCAAAAAGAAGCCUGGCUUGCAAAAUUCGCCCUAUGCCUCUUCGCCCUUUACAUUUUUCGGUUAUCCCAUACCCAGUUUAAGUUUAGGCAGAUUUUUUGGUGCCAAUGAAAGGGGCCGAAAAGAUAGGGGUGAACAUGGUGGUUUGGGUGUGGCAGAUAGGAAUCCCUCCACCACUACCACAGAAAUGCCUGCAACGCAUCGCAUGUUUACAGGGUCCCACGGUAAAGUGCGUAUGUAUCAACCAAAUAGUGCCGAAUUUGAAAAGUAUUUAAAAAACAAGGACGAUUUAGAGGAUGAGAAGCAUCAGCAGUAUUUCGAUAUAAAUGGACGCAAAAGAUUAACUGACAUAUCAUCCGACGAAACUUCAUCUAGUUCGGAAAAUCCCUCCAGUGUUUUCAAAACAGGUUUUAGGGUCCCUUCAAGUGUAGAGAGGGGAGGUUUUAAGCCCAUAGUUCCAGAACAUACUGUGGGUGGCUUUAUCCCAGUGCAUGAUCCCUCCAGACGUAGAGGUACCGUGGAAGUUUUGGCGUCUUCAUCAUCGAAAAUAGAUAAAACCAAACGUUUAAAUCAAAUUACCGCCAAUGAAUCUGAAUUGAAAAAUAGAAUGCCCAUUGUAACAACCACAACAAUUAGUUCGAUCACACAAUCCUCCAUGUCGGAGGAGAUGGAGUCGCAGACCUAUUAUGUCACAGAAAAUGAUAUGGAGGAAACCACAACAUUUAGACCAUUGUCUACCCUUAGAAAAUAUCAACCUUCCAUAACCACCACUAGCAGUACAACCACAACAACAACAGUGGCUCCCAGCACUACCACCACCAACCAGCCUACGGCUAGUGAUUCCUUUGAUUCAGAGUUAUACGAUGAUCUGGAGGCACAAUCGGUGACUAUGAUGAAACCGCCCCCAUUGGUGCAGACCACAACUUCAGAAACAAUUUUGCUGAUACCGCCACCUGAGGAGCUGGUGGAACAAAUCAAGCGUCAAUCAUGGAAGCAUACAACGCCAAAUCCCCCAGAAUCCCAAGAAACACAUGAUUUUGUAACCACUAUAACUACAUCGACGACAACAACCAGUACAACAUCGGUACAACAUUCCACUACAUCGCCACCCUUGCCCUAUCUGCCCAGACCGGGAGGGGCGGCCCGAUCCACAGUGACCAAAGUUCAUCAUCAUCAUAAUUUACCCACAGCCGAGGAGUACCAACGCACUACCCCCAGUCUCACCAACAAAUCAUUGCAACAACAACAACGACGUACCACAGAAGAGCCCCAGCUGACAGCCAAUGCACAAAAGCGUGACGAGCCUAGUAGCAUUGAUCGCAUGGAUCGCAAGGAUGGCAUGGAUUGGUAUUACGAAAGCUUCAAGAAGUCAAGGGCUUUUGGUUCGACAAAGCCUGCAUUCACGGGUUCCAGUUCUUUGAAAAGUUCUGCAGCUGAAAACCGAUAUGUGCAAACCUUCAGUACUGUCCUAUCACUCAUUGCCUUGAUUAUACACAAAUGUUUCAUUCAUACAAUCGCUAUGUAAUAGUUUUAUUUUCUUUCCUCUAUAAUAACUUAUUUUAAUUUUUAAGAACUGAUUGUGCAAACUCAA